AUGCCGGUGCGAACCUCGGCGCCGUCCAGAUCAGUGGAUCUGAAUCACGUCAUCAGGCUACUGGAAGAUUCAGACUCAAAAGAUUUGGAAAAAGAGCAGCUGAAAACUCUCAAGAAGGUAGUCAAGCGUUUUGAAAAUGGGGUUCCCCUUAAGGAUUUAGCACAAAUAAUUGAAGUUCUUAACCUGUGUGCAGAAAAAAUGAAUAAACAAGAAGCUUUCACUGAGCCUUUAUGUGAACUUAUUAAAUUAUGUGGAUUACCAUUUCUAAAAAAGAAAUCAUUUGAUGAAGUAAGCUAUUCCGUGGCAGUUUCAAAAUCCAUUGCACAACUGGGUUAUUUGAUGAGGGUGCCAAGCUCUCGAGUUAGAAUACAAAUCUGUAAGUGUGUUGUUAGCUUUUAUAAUAUGGAGCUACCGAGAAAACUACUUUCAGGUUACCAGCCAACAAGUGCAAACUAUAAAAAUCAGAUGGCUGAAUUAGGAGGACUGGCAGAAACUCUCGUAUUGUCACUAGCAUUAGUUGAAAAUCAACUUACUGAGAAGUUGUGGGUACUUAAAGCUCUCCAGCAUCUCUCCAGCUCCGGAGUAAAUUGCAGACUUAUGAUGAAGGCCCAAGCAGCCAGCAGACUCUGUUUGUAUCUAAAUGGAGUGGAUCCCUCAGGACAGCUGGUGCUCCGCUCCUCAGAAAUCCUAUGGAACCUGUUAGAAAAUACCUCAAAAGAAGAAGUUGUUAAUCAGCUCAGUAGCUUGGAAUGUGUACAUGCUUUGAAAGAAGUAUUUGUAGACCUUCUUAUCCAUGGUUUCCGGCAUUGUGAUCGUCAGCUACGGAAUGACAUCUUGAUGAUUGCCACAUUACUAGCUGAAAACCCUGCAGCACCUAUGAUUGAAAGUGGAUUUACAAAGCUGUUAAUAGUACUUGCGACAUUUACUGAAGUUAAAAUUCCCAAUCCCUUGAUGAAAGGUCUUAAACUUACCUACUCCUAUGAGGACUUCGAGCUGAAGAAGUUACUAUUUAAUGUAAUAGGAGUCUUAUCUAAAAACCCAUGUGCUGUACAGCUUCUCAGUGAAAAUGAUGUGAUGCCAGCUUUGCUUUAUUAUGUAAAACCAAAUCAAAAGCCUGGAUUUCGUGACUGGUCUGCUGCCCAAUAUGAAGAACUACAGCUUCAUGCAAUUGCUAUUUUAGCUUCAGUGGCUCCCGUAAUAUUAGAUAAAUAUUUGUCCUGCCAAGGAAAUACUCUACUCCUUGUGUUUCUAGAAUGGUGUCUAGGCCAAGAUCCUUUCUUUGGUCAGGGUAACAGUUUCCAUGGAACAGGUGGUCGUGGCAAGAAGCUUGCACAAAUGCGCUACAGCCUGAGAGUGCUGAGAUCUGUUGUGUCCCUUUAUGAUGAGACUGUGAACCUGAAUUUGUGCGACCAGGGAGCAAUUGGCCAGCUAUUGGAUAUCCUAAAGUAUGCAGCAAACAAAUCCAAAGAGAAAGAAGAUGCCAUUCUACUGGAAAUCCAAGCCGAUAUAUUAUUUAUUUUGUCUGCUCUCUGUGAAAAUGAUUUCCACAGAAAGGAACUCUUCAGCUGUGAAGGAGUGGAUAUACUUAUCCCAUUCAUUCAGAUGGAUCCAAAGAUGUUAUAUAGUGGAUUAGGCCACAAUCAUCUCCUCUUCAGUGCACUUGACUGCUUGUGGUCCUGUGUCAUUGGAUAUUACGUUGCAGAGGAUUAUUUUCUUGAAAAACAGGGCAUUUUUCUCCUUCUGGAUUUGCUGGCAUUAAAGCAAAAGAACCUGUGCAAUAUAAUUCUUGGAAUCUUGGUUGAAUUUUGUGACAACCCUAAAACCACUUCGCACAUCAGUACCUGGCGAGGGGAGAAAGAUCAAACAGCAGCUAAACUUCUAAUACAGUUGUGGAGACAGGAGGAGUUGGAGCUAGGAGUCAAACGUGAUCAGUAUGGAAGGAUUGUUGACAUGAAGAGACCAAUUGCUAGCAGCUUCCAGAAUCAGCAAGAGGUCAUCCCCAUGCCUGCCAACUGUCCCAGCUUUGCCAUCAUGGAAAUUUCAGAAAACAUACGGGCAAAAAUUUAUUCAUUGUUGUGCAAGCUUGGUUUUGAAAAUUUACCUGGCUUAUCUGCUAAUGAUAUUGUCACAGUGGCUAUCAUACGGCGUUAUAUUGAUUUUAAAAUUGGAGAAGUUUGGAGUGAACUGUGUGCAGAACUGAAAGAAGAAUUUGAGCCUGUUGAAUCAGAUAAGGAAGCCUUGAAAGUUAUUUCAGAAUUAUCAGAAGAGACUGGAAGAAUGGUUGCUGCUCUUCAGACUGAAGUGCUUAAAAGUCAGCAUGACCAAGAAAUCCAAGAGGAGGAAAAAACAUAUACAAAGAUCCAAACUAUCCAUAAGCAGAGAGAGAUGGUAAAUAAAUCUUGGAAAAAUUUCUUGACUCGGACAUCAAACUAUGAGGCAUUGAAGAAAGCAAAAAGGCUUCAAGAAAAAUCAGUAGAGGCUUCUAGAUCUAAAUUGAAGACUCAAAAUGGAGCAGUCCAUUCUACUGAUAUUAAAGGCCUUGGUACAACAAUUGGAUCUGGUCGCUUAGUAACUGUUGAAAGUACACCUCCUCAGUUAAUUGGAGGGCCACUGGCUGUUACAGACCUUGCUCCUAGAAAGCCCUCUGUUUCUGAAGAAGCCUUAAAAAAGAACAAAAGAGUUUAA